AGUAUUCCAGUAUUGAGGAGAGCUAAGUCUUAACACCAUCACCUUAGGGACGGAGCAGUGACACGGCGCGGGAGACAGGCAGUCCAACUUUUCUGAUUGGCAGGGGCUGUGGGAGUGUCCUGGGCCCGCUCUCCUCCAACCUUUUCCAAAGUGCAUCUCUGUGAGGGUUGGGAACCGAGGGCCAGGCUCGAGGGUUAGCGUGGUCCUUGAGAGCAACUGGCCGGAGGGCGGGUGAGAGUGCGCAGCACCAUUUUGGGGGAGCGGAGGGCCCAGGGCACCCUGGCGCAUGCGUAUCAGGGAUCCGAAGCCAACGCGGCGCGGUCGCCAUUGAGGGAAGGUUUUCGUCACAGCCCGCCCGGCGCUGGAGGCUGGUCCAGCCCCAGGGGCCCAGUCACUGGCGUCAUUGGCUCAGGCGUCAGGUCCCUCAUCACCUUGUCCCACCUAGGUGCGAUGGGCAGCUGCGGAGGCGUCAGGGGGAGGAGCCGCCUGGAGCGCCCUUUGUCUGUGGAGGCUGUUAUGCCUUCUCAGAAUGCUGUACUUCCCUGGAAAGGGAACACGGAGGAUAAGGAAACGAAUGAUGGAUCACAGAUGGUUAGGUUCCAGGAAUCACUGACAUUCCAGGAUGUGGCUGUGGACUUCACCAGAGAGGAAUGGGACCAGCUAUACCCUGCUCAGAAGAAUCUAUAUCGAGAUGUGAUGCUGGAGAACUAUAGGAAUCUGGUCGCACUGGGGCAUCAACUUUAUAAGCCAGAGGUGAUCACUCAGUUGGAGCAAGAGGAGCAAUGGAUGAUAGAAAGAGGCAACUCAGUGGAUACUCAUCCAGGUGAAUUGCCAAGGUGGGCACCUCCAGCAGAAGGGAGAACUGUUCUUUCCCAAGACACAUAGGCUGGCCAUGUGUAGGAUACACAGUAUCUCCCAUUAUGUCCCUACCCACAGACACCCAACUAGAGAAAAUAAUUGUUAACUUAAGAAAAUUUCCACAUUUCAUUAUACAACUAUAUGUGGAUGCUUAAGGCUCUUGGUUCACAGAUUUGCUUGAAUAACUGAUUUCUUCUUUGUUAUCAGAAACAGGCAGUCUCCUCCAAGGAGACUACUUGCAUUUUUGCAUUAUACUGUGAAACACAAUCAAUAGUUCUUGUUAUGAGGAUAUCUCAAAAGUAUUUUUGAUUGAGGGACUGUGGUAGAAUGAUCUAGCUUAUGUGACCUAAUUCUGGCUUAUGUGACCUAAUUCUGAUAUGCUAUCUGACAUAUUGCUUCCUUCAUGUUAUUAACAUCUGCUGAUGUCUGUAAAUCUCUUCCUAGCUAAUGUGAGACCUGGAAAAUGUCCAGUGGAUUUAGCAACAGAGAAGUUAGAAAUUAUAUCAAUGAGAGAAGUGACAGGGGAGUGAUUAGAAGAACAAUUGGUUAUAUGUUGUUGAGUGCACAGGAGAUAAGAAAGUAGAGCUAGUAAGCAUCAGUACUUGUACAACAAGCUACAACGAGAAAAGGAGACAAUAAAAAGGAUAUUUACUAGACUAGGAGGUAGUGUAAAAGGAGGAUUGUUUUAAGCAGGAACCAUUUUAGCAUGUUUAUAAUGCUGAAGGGAAGAAGUCAAUAAAGAGGGUAAGAAGAAAAUAAAUACAAGAGAUAGAGCAAAGUUCUAGAAGAGAUGAGAAUGUGACUGGAAAAAAGCUUAGGGUGAUUUUGUAUCUAAAUAAGUUUGUUGGUAUAAGAUUUUAGGGAGUUGACACAAGAUGAUUCCUGUUUUCUUGGUAAAGUAGGAGGCAAGGUCCUCUAUUGAUUGUAAAGGAAUUGGGAAGACAAGUAGAGAACUUGAGGAUCACUUGCUUACUAAGCUUAUUAAGAUCAGUGGAAACUGACCAAAAAAGAGCAAGGGAUUACUGAUCAGCUUUGAGGGCCCAAAUGAGAUUUUGCUCUAUACAUUUGUGGCUUCUAAUUUCCAGGGGCAAGCCAUUUCUCCUGUUAUUCAGCCCUGGAAAUGGUUUGUAGAGCCUAGGUUAAGGGCCUGUUAGACUAGUAGAACUAAAGGAGGAAAACUGUGAAAGAGAGUUAAUCAGGUGAUUUGACAUAGAGUGCAAGAAGUGACAAGAAGUAAGGUCUGAAGGAGACUGAAAACUAGAAAGUAACAGAAGAGUCAAAGAAAUGGAGUUCUAGAUGAGAUCAGAAAGUAAGUAUAAUGUGAAUAAGUCCACUUGUUGGGCAAGAGAGUGGGACACUGAGUUUAAGAUUUCUUACAUAACUGUAUGGCCAGGUAAAUAGAUUGUUCCUUUGCCUUCUUUACUCUGCUUUAACAAUCAAGUCAGUGUCUCUACUAUACACAUAAUGUAAUCCCAUACAAAGUGCCGACAAGAUUUUAAAAGGAUGUAAAUAAGCUCAUUGUAGAGUUCCCAUGGGAAAAACAAAACACAAAGACAAUCAGGGAAGUUCUGAAAGGAAAAACAGUAAGGGGGACUAUCCAGGCUAGAUGAUACAUAAUAAAAUUUCAUUAAUUAAAACAAGACAGACUACUGACCAAAAUGGUAAUCUGGAAAUAGAACCAAAUACAUGCAGGAGUUUAGUAUAUGAUAAAAGCAUUAUCUCAGAUUAGGAGGGAAAAGGUAGAUUUCUUAAUAAAUGGUGUUAAGACAACUAGUAUUUAAAAAGUAGACCUUUAAUAAAUAAUGGGUAGCUAUUGGAUCCAUAGCUUACCCCUUAAAUCAAGAAAAACUCCAAAGGGAUCAGAGACUUUCAAUGUAAAACAUGAAAACAUAAGAGAUCUGGAAGAAAACAUACGGAAAUCUUUUAUAUAACAUUGAAAUGGGGAGUUGCCUCUAUGAUUCAGAAUCUAGAAGCCAUAAAAGAAAAGAUUCAUACAUUCAACACACACAAAUCCCAAAAUUCUCCAUGGUAUAAAAUAAUAAGUAAAGUAAAAAGAUAAGUAGCAAGGAUGGAAAAUGCUUACCAGUAUAUAAAGGCUAAUCACCCAUUAACAUAUAAGUCUCCUCUAAAUCAAUGAGGCCAACAGCCCAAUAGAAAAAUACACAAAUAUGAUUCUUAGAUAAAGGAAUACAAAUACCUUUAACAUGAAAAAAUGUUCAGUCUCAUUCAUGGUAAGAGAAACACAAAUUGAAACUACAACAAAUUACCCUUUCUUACCUAUCAGACUAGCAAAAUUCCAAAGGUUUGAUAACACACGCUGUUGAGCCCAUAGGGGAGAAAGCACUCUCAUACAUUGCAACCACCAGUCAACACAAAGGUAUCUUAGACUAAUCAAGGAGCUUUCUUUCCACACACUCAGUUUAGCAUUGUAGACUCUUUGGAUGAACAAAACAUAGUCUAGAGUCACAUAUUUUUUUAAGUAAAGUUUUAUAGUAAUGCAUUCUAAAACCAUUCUCUGUCUUACAUAUUGUCUAUGACUGCUUUCACAAUAUAAAGCAGAGUUGAGUAUUUACAACAGAGCCCACAAAACCCUUUACAGAAAAAGCUUGCCAACCUCUGGUAAAGCAGUAGUUUGUAACUCUCUGUGACCACCACUCUCAUUAACAAAUGUAUUUUUAUUGCAGCCCAUGAGAUCUAUAUAAUCUCUAAAACUGAAACAAAGUUUUGCCAAACAUUUAUCAUUAUCACUGUUUGAUGAACUUUGAUAUUUUCUGUUCUUUUUUAGCCUGUUCUGUUUUAGUUUUUAAUUAAUUUUUACCCACUAAAUUAAUAUAACCAUGGUACAUUUUUUUAACUAACAAAAGAACUGGAAAUACCACAAUGCUUUGCAAGUAGAAAUAAUAAACUUUAAAAAAUUUGUUUUCCUCCCUCCCUUUCUCCCUAUUUCUUUUUCUCCCUCCUUCCUUCCCUCCCUCUCUCCUUCCUCUUGUUUCUUGUUUCCUUCCUCCCUACUUUCUGAAUAAUCCAGUUCAAAAGUCAUUGGGUGAUGCUAAACAGGGUGUCUACUGGUGAGGUAUGCAGUGGUACAGAAGGCCUGCAGGGUAUUAUUUAAGUUACUCAGUGACAUCACAAUGUGCAAAUAUUGACCAAGGGCCUGUCUGGAAGGUACCCUUUCUUAAUACAAUGUUAUAAAUUCCCUUGAAAUGGAAUUUUAUUAAAAGCCCAUAACCCCUGGAAUUGAUCCAAGAAAUGCAGAGUCAGUGGAGACAUAUAGUAACACCAUUGAGACUACAAUAGUCUACAUAAAUCCCCUGUUUUUCUUUAUGAAGUUCCCUUAGGCUCCUGUAAGAAUAAUGAAAGCCUGAAGAACCUCUGUCAGAAGGUAGAGCCUUAGUCUGUAGCUGUUACCAUGACAUUAUACUCUUUUAACUUAGGACUUGGGCACAAGAUAGAUUGCAUGUCAUUCUCACAGUGUAGGCAGGGGAAACUCUUUUGCUUUCAUAUCUGAAAACACUUUCUUCCCAAGAAGCACUUUUAUCUGUAAUCUCAAGCAGCAGUGAGAUAGGCAGUGUAAGAUCUGAUAGGGGAUAGACAGAAGUACAAAGCGGGGCUUGGAUGUUUCCAUGAAUGAUUGGGUUUCUAGCCAGGUAAGCCAAAUCAGGAAGAAAUUAGUGGAUAAUGAAUGAAGAGCGCCUCUACAUGCUCCUGUAUACAUGGGGUGGUGAGGGUAGUCAUCCUCAUUGGUGCCUCAUUAAGGGCAGUUGCACUCAUUUGUACUAACAUGGGGACUUAGGUGAGUAGCUGGGGCAAAUGGAAUAGAGUUUGUUCUCAAAACUGCUUUGAAGCCCAAGGUAAUCAUUUCUCAAGCUGAAUUAGAAACCCUGUCCCCUGGCAUCCCACUGGAUGUAGAUAGGCAACCCUGUGAUGAGUGAUCUGAUAUGCCUUGAAAGUAUUCAAAGUCAGGAAGCAGUACUUGUACAGUCCAUGUGUACAGCACAAUCAUUCCUCCUGGUAUCAUCAUGGUAAGCUGUCAGCCACCAGGAGUUUUCCCUUUUCCCUCAUAGAAGCAAGAGUUAGAAACAAGGCAGUCAACAAAAUGACCAUGAACAUGUUGAUCAGGUUGCCAUGUUUCUAGGGAUAAACAAAAGUCUGAAAGCUAAAAUUUAGCAGAUUAAAUCUGUAAACUCUAAUACUAGGCAGUAGGACCUUGGAGCACCAUACUUACCUGUGGUUCCAUGAGCAAGGUUAGCAGGCUGUGGAUGGUGUUAAGAGAACAUUACAGACAGUCUAAACAGCUACAGCUAGUCAUUCUAAACAUUUUAGACUCAAAAUCCCUGGUAGACAAAAGCAUUUAGGCUGAAAAUAAAGUGGUCCCAUUGAUAAUUUGGUGGAAAUAGUUUAAUUAUCUUUUUUGUACAUCUUUAAUCACAUUGAUCUGUUUUUCAUAAUCUUCUGAUUUAGAUUUUUUCUUUUUAAAAUUCCUAUUUUAUGUUCAGCCAACUAACUAUUCUUACUGUGCUGUUUGUUUGUGAUAAGAGUAAGUUCCAAUAUAACCUAAGUAUGAAUUGAUUAAAAGUACUUUGUAAAUCCAUAAAAUUGGAUAUUUUAUAGACCUUUAAAAGUUCUAUGAAAAUGUAUUUGUUGAUGUGGAAAUGUGUUCAUGAUAUGCAGUAAUGUAAAACAGCAAAAUAUAAAGUACUAUGGCAUAAUUACAAUUUA